UAUUUUGUAAAAUUUGGGUCUCUCUCUCUCUCUCUCUCUCUCUCUCUCUCUCUCUCUCUCAAGUAGGAGACCGCCACCAACUUCCCUGCUGCAUUAAUCACAGAGGAGGAUUCCCACCACAUGACAAAUAGUGCCAAGCCAGGCCCCCUCUCCCUCUCCCUCGCCGAGCUAGAUAUAUAGAAUAGAUUACGCUUGAGAGGUAUGUGAUCAUAUAAUAAAGAGAAGGAAAAAGAGCAGAGAAAGUACGCAAAGGCCCUUUCAAAGCUCCCACCUUCGGACAUCGACCGCUGACGGAGGAACAUAUAUUUCAAAGAGUGGGAGAGGAGACAUAUAACUGUUUUGGCGUUUAAGGCCCGGCAAUGCCCGUCGUCCUUCACGGAGUUCUAGGCGCCCCCCACCUCCCCAAGCUUUUUUCUUUGUUUUUUUUUUUUUAAUGCAAUCAUACUAACCAUAAUUAUUAUUUUUUUAGAAAAAAAAAUGUCAAACAGACAUUUUCUUUCUUUAUCUUAAUCUCCGGCGUCCUUUCCACUUUCCUACUUUCUCUCUCCUCUCGUUCCUUUUUCUUCCAACCAUCAACGUCUUUCAUCUUCUCUCUCGUUCGAGUGUGAUACAAGGACUCCAUCUCUCGUCGCGUUUCCUUCACUGAUCGAGCCUUCUUUUACACUGCUUAACUAAUUUGGAAAAUUUUCCGAUCGAAAACAUUUCUGGGUUUUCUUCUUUUAAAGCUUUCCUAGAAUCUGAACAUUUUCUCUAGUUUUCAUGGGAAAGGAAGAAGAAUUCUUUCUGAAUGAAGCCGAUACUGCGAUGCCCACUUGGAAUUCUUUGAAUUUCGGGCUGGAAAUCCAGUCUAACGGGCUGAAUUGCUCAGCAGAGCAGCUCCCCGCUUGCUUUUUCAAUCCCAAUUCCAAUUGGGAGAAUUCAAUGGAUCAGAGCGAUCCCUUUGGGUCUACUCUGAGCUCAUUGGUGUCUUCCCCGCAGUCCUACAUUGGUGGGAACAACAGCUCCAACGCUUCUUGUUACAGCACUCCUUUGAACUCCCCACCCAAGCUCAAUCUCACGAUGAUGGAAAACCAAAUCUCAGGGAGCUUGCCAAUUCCAGGGAAUCAUUUACCAUCUUUGACCCCCUUUUCCGCAGAUCGAGCAUUCGCCGAGCGGGCUGCAAGAUUUUCCUCCUUCGGCGGCCUCAAUGGCCAAAUUGGUCUGAACGAAUACGAUUUCCCACACGCAUUGAUGCCCAAAGUCGAAUCUGUGAAGCUCUCCAGGGUUUCCAGUGACCAAUCACUCAAGGUUUUGCUGCAUAAUGGAACUUCAGCUUCUGAAAAUGCAGAAUUGGAGGAGGAAUCCUCGGUUUCCGAGCAGAUCCCAGGUGGGGAUUUCAUCCUCAACGAUCAGCAGAAUAAUGCCAAUCACAGGAAAAGAAAAUCUUUUCCGAGGGGGAAAGCAAAAGAAACCUCCUCGCCUUCUCCCGCUAAACAUGCCAAGGCUGCACCUGACAAUGAUGAAUCCAAGGAAAAGAGAAGCGGAUCCGAGGAGAGCGGUGGAAACAAAAAGGAUGCUGCAAAAGAGAAGGCAGAACCAAAUGGGAGUGGCAAAACCGCAGGGGAUGGAAAUGAAAAACAGAGCAAGGAGAGUCCAAAGCCCCCUGAGCCCCCAAAGGACUAUAUCCAUGUCAGAGCCCGAAGGGGUCAGGCUACGGAUAGCCAUAGUCUUGCCGAAAGGGUUCGAAGGGAAAAAAUUAGUGAAAGGAUGAAGUUCCUUCAAGAUCUAGUUCCGGGUUGUAAUAAGGUAACUGGGAAAGCUGUUAUGCUCGACGAAAUUAUAAACUACGUGCAGUCGUUGCAGCGCCAGGUUGAGUUUCUCUCAAUGAAGUUAGCGACUGUAAAUCCAAUUUCAGAGUUCAACAAGGAAUCCCUUUUAUCAAAAGACAUUCUUCAACCUCGCGGAUCUUUGUAUUCUCUUUCGCCAUUUCCUUAUGGAUUGAAAUCUCAACAGAUGCCAUACCUACCUAGCCGUAUUUCUAAUGUGGCCCAGAGCCAGUUCUCAAUGAACUCUAUUAACCCAGCGAUGCAUCAAAACCCCGUUACGCAGUUAUCCCCAACGGAUCCAUUUGGGGCAGCUACCUCUCAGGUCUCAACAUUCAUGGAGGACGAUCUUCAGAGUGUUGUUAAGAUGGGUUUUGGCCAGAAUCAGCCUGAGAACUUCCACGGUGAGAAAAUUUUGACAAAGGAAAAUUUGGUGUUCGUGCUGAGUUAGAGAUUUUACAAUUUGAAAAAUACUAAUACCCAUUUUGUUUGGCGCAGGCUCAAUGAAAAUUGAGCUAUAAUUACAUUAAUCAACAUUCUUGCUUAGGCCUUCCGCCUGGAAGCCCCCGUCUGUAUAUACAAAAGCUCAAAGGGACAAGCGGAUUGGAACAGAUAUUUAUUAAGUUCAGCCGGAUAUACCAUUUUCUUUUUUUGAUUUUGUUCUCUCUUUGGGGGAUCAUUUCUGCAAUCGAUUCUUUGGUGAAUUUUUACAUUUCAACUGUAAAAUCCUAGAACUAAUUGCAAAUCAUUGGUGAAGCACUACUUCUAAAACCACCACAGAUGUUUUUAGCAUGUGAGAAGAGUGUUCGAGGGGUUGAGAGGAAGGAGCAUUUCUUCCAACCUCUCUAACCUUGUUUGGCAUAUUGCCUUGCAAUUCAGAAUGUUACAUUAGAGGACACUUUCUACUCUGGCUA